AUGAGUCAGGCUCAAGCUCGAGCGCGUAUCUCCCACUCCCGCCUCGCGAUUCCCGUCAAACACAACAAACACCCGAAGGUGCUGUUUGCAGGAGAAGCUACCCAUCACAGGUUGUUCCAAACAGCCAUUGGCGCCUACCUCAGUGGACGCCGAGAAGCUGAUCGCUUGAACGCCGAUUGGGAACUUACUCCAAGGUACCCGCUCAGGGGAACUGGUAUCCAUGCUGGCCAUGUUGAAAAUCACACCGUAAGAGUAGAUAACAUUCCUCAACGUCGACCACCAAUCGAACUUCAUAUGCACUCAAGCUAUACGUAA